AUGUCCUCCAACUUCUCCCUCCCAAGGUGGACGGUAUUCCACCGGCAACAGAGCUCCGGCCCUAGCGACAGCGACAACAGCAACAACGUUGUGGAAGACAACCCGAUCUCAAUCUCCACCUCGGUGGUCGAGUGCUACGCUUGCACUCAGGUCGGAGUUCCGGUCUUCCACUCGACCAGCUGCGACGGCGCCCACCAGCCUCAAUGGGAGGCCUCGGCGGGGUCUUCCUUAGUCCCUAUCCAAUCCCGCAGCGACCUCAAGAAGGGCCUCCGCCGCAACCGCCUCCCCGUGGGGCCCUUCGGCGAGGUCCUCGACCCGCGCACCAAGCGCGUGCAGAGAUGGAACCGCGCCUUCCUCCUCGCGCGUGGGAUGGCCCUCGCCAUCGACCCCCUCUUCUUCUACGCCCUCUCCAUCGGCCGCGGUGGGACCCCCUGCCUCUACAUGGACGGCGGCCUCGCGGCGAUCGUCACGGUGCUCCGCACGUGCGUCGACGCCGUGCAUCUCUGCCACCUGUGGCUGCAGUUCCGGCUGGCUUAUGUCUCUAGGGAGUCGCUGGUGGUCGGCUGCGGGAAGCUCGUGUGGGACGCACGAGCGAUCGCGUCGCAUUAUGUUCGGUCCUUGAAGGGCUUCUGGUUCGACGCCUUCGUUAUUCUUCCGGUUCCUCAGGCUGUGUUCUGGCUUGUUCUUCCAAAAUUGAUAAGGGAAGAAAAGAUUAAAGUGAUAAUGACAAUUCUUCUAGUAAUAUUCUUAUUCCAAUUCCUCCCAAAAGUCUACCAUAGCAUCUGCUUGAUGAGAAGAAUGGCAAAGGUUACAGGAUACAUUUUCGGCACCAUUUGGUGGGGUUUUGGCCUCAACCUCAUCGCCUACUUCAUUGCCUCACAUGUUGCUGGGGGAUGCUGGUAUGUGCUUGCGAUACAGCGAGUGGCGUCCUGCCUAAAGCAGCAGUGUGAAUUGGGUGGGAAUUGCAAUCUCUCUUUGUCAUGCUCACAGGAAGUUUGUUACCAGUCUCUGAUACCGGAUUCCAUGGAAGCAGCUCCAUGUGGUGGCAACGUGACAAAUGGGUUGAGAAAGCCUUCCUGCUUGGAUGUUAAUGGAACAUUCAACUACGGCAUCUAUCAGUGGGCUCUUCCUGUCAUAUCUAGCAACUCGCUGGCUAUUAAGAUCCUGUAUCCCAUCUUUUGGGGCUUAAUGACUCUCAGCACCUUUGGCAAUGAUCUUGAACCAACAAGUCACUGGCUAGAAGUGAUUUUCAGUAUAUGCAUUGUGCUCAGUGGGUUAUUGCUCUUCACUUUGCUCAUUGGGAACAUUCAAGUGUUUCUGCACGCGGUAAUGGCAAAGAAGAGGAAAAUGCAGCUGAGGUGUAGAGACAUGGAAUGGUGGAUGAGAAGAAGGCAGUUGCCAUCUGGUUUGCGACGAAGAGUUAGACAUUAUGAACGCCAUAGAUGGGUGACAAUGGGGGGAGAAGAUGAGAUGGAUUUGAUCAAAGACUUGCCUGAAGGUCUUCGAAGAGAAAUUAAACGCCACUUAUGCAUAGACCUCAUAAAGAAGGUACCUCUGUUCCACAACUUGGAUGAACUUAUUCUUGACAACAUUUGCGACCGUGUUAGGCCUCUAGUCUUCUCUAAAGACGAGAAGAUAAUUAGAGAAGGAGAUCCUGUGCCAAAGAUGCUAUUCAUUGUGCGUGGACGCAUAAAGCGAAGCCAAGGCCUAAGCAAAGGCAUGGUGGGAACCAAUGUGCUUGAACCGGGUGGGUUUCUAGGCGAUGAGCUGCUCUCAUGGUGCCUACGACGGCCCUUCAUAGACCGCCUUCCAGCCUCAUCUGCUACAUUUGCUUGCCUUGAAUCAACAGAAGCAUUUGGCCUCAAUGCAAGUGACCUCAGAUACAUUACAGACCACUUCCGGUACAAAUUUGCAAACGAGAGGCUCAAGAGGACUGCAAGAUACUACUCUUCCAAUUGGAGAACAUGGGCUGCUGUAAAUAUACAAUUCGCUUGGCGCCGCUACAGGCUGAGGACUAGAGGUCCUGUGAUUCCUGUAGUGACCACCGAACAAAAUGGAGGCGCUGAUCGUAGGCUCUUGCAGUAUGCUGCAUUGUUCAUGUCACUUAAGCCGCAUGAUCAUCUUGAGUAAAUGUAUAAAAGCUCAAGUACUAUUGUACUGAUGCUUCUUGUUUCGCAUUUUAGACAUUCCCACUCCAUUGUUACUCAAUAAAGUCUUGCUCUUUUAGGAGUGUGAAAUUUUUUGUGCCGCGUUUUCAGAUCACGUUGUAGAAGGUUUGAAAAUUUGGUGUAGAAUUCAUUUGUUUCCUGCAGCUUUUUAAUGAUUACACUCUAGUUUCCCUUUAAGCA